GGAGAGUGGAAGAAGGACCGACAGCUGUGACAGUGAUGGGGCAAGAUAAAAAGGGAAAUAGACUGGCAUAGAGACAAGAAGUGAACCAGAAAAAAACUUUGUUACUCCUACUGAGAAAAAAAUUAAGGGAGACAGAUGCCAAAAAGAGUAAAGUAGAAGAGAAAGGAAAGUGAGUGAUUAAAAACUAUAUCAACUCAGAGUCUACUUGGAGCGAAGACUGAGCACGUGUUUCUGGAAGUGGGUCGUUCCAUCGCUAGGAAACCUUGACCUCGACCACCUCAGCUACCAUGUACAGUGGAUAUGGAGGGAGUCCAUCCCGAACUCUGUCCACCAUGUCGCUGUCUGUUCGCCCAGUCAGACGCCUCACUUCCAGAUCCAUCACUAGGAGCCAGAGCUUCGCUGGAGUCAACACCUACGACAAGCCGUACAGGAGCCUCUCAGUGUUCCCCACUCCAGGUCUCAACAGGAAGCCCAGCAGAGCCAGCAGGAUGUUCACGAUGUCCACCAAGUCCAACCCGCCACCCAAAACUCCUCAACCGGAGAGACUGAACGAAGUGUACGAGGCGCUGAAGAAAGGCCUUCAGUCUUACCUUCAGGUUCACCAGAUGGAUUUGGACAGCCUCAGUAGACAGAUGAAGGAGUCCAAGAGGAACUCCAGACUGGGUUUCCUGUAUGAACUGGACAAGCAAGUGAAGGUGACUGAGAGGUACAUAAGACGACUGGAGUUUCAUCUUAGCAAGGUAAGACCAGCACAAUCCCCUGACAUUUCACUAGGACAUGGACAAAAUAGAAAAGAAAAAAAAAACUUAUAUCUGUUUUUAUGUCUUUCAGGUCUGGCUGGAUUUGCUAGAUUGUGUGCUGGUGACCAGUAUGAGAUCUUUAUGAAGUAUGGUCGGCAGCGGUGGAAGCUGCGGGGAAGAAUGGAGCUUAAUGCCAAACAAGUGUGGGACAGUGAAGAUAUGGUGUUUUUGCCACUCAUUAAUGACUUCCUGUCUGUGAAGGUGACAGAAGUGAAGAGCUUAGCCAAUCACGUGGUUGUAGGAAGUGUUUCCUGUGAAACUAAGGACCUGUUUGCUGCACUGCCCCAGACGGUUGCUGUGGAUAUUAAUGACCUUGGGACUCUUAAGCUAAGCCUCGAGGUCACCUGGAAUCCAUUUGACAAAGAUGACCAAGGGUCUGUUUCAAGCACUGUCAACAAAGCACCAUCCGUCAGUAAGAGGUUCUCAACAAUCUUCAACCAGAGUCCACCAGACACGCCGUCUUUACGGGAACAAGCCUUCUAUAACAUGCUCCGGCACCGUGAAGAGUUAGAGAAUGGAACAGCAUGGUCGAAUUCAUCUGAAUCUUCUGAUGACUCCUCCAGCCCCCAGCUAUCUGUACAAGGGCUACGCAACUCUAAACAGCAAAAGGCAAUGUUGGUGACACCUGAGAUCCCUCCAGGUGUAACAAGAAUUAUCUCCCCGCAGCCUGACAUUUCAUGUUGCCCAAGAUACUCCUCCUCAUCGCCAAACUCUAAUCACAAAGCCACCACUGCCACUGAAGUUCCCAGCACAACAAAACCCCAAGAAGAGAGCAACAGGGACCAAGAGAAUGGGACGGUCACUGUGAUAUCAGAACCUGACAGCGAGAAAGAGGCUGCUAGGAAACAGUCUCCCAUAGCAACAGCAGAUGUGGUGACCAGCAGCCAUGCUUCACACCCUUACUCGCGCUCUCUGAGCCACAUCAGUGAAAGCAGCGCUGAUGGUAUCGUGGUGACAGACAAGUCAGCUGGUGAAUCGGGAGAUGUGACGUCUACGGCCUCUGGGAUCUCCAUCAAUGACAUUGAAAUGGAGAUGCCCAGCAGAACUCCUGAGCCACCCUGCUCUGGUGCCACCGACCCUGACGUAUCACCCAGGGGGUCCUGUGUCUUGAAAGAAGACACAACUCAUCCAACACAACACCUAAUCAGAAGGAAACCUGGUACAUCUACCUCUCUCGUCACAUCCUCCUCUCCCAGCUCUGAAGGAGAGGAUCCUGACGCUCUCUCGCAAAUGAACACGCUUCCCCUCCUAGACAGCGGGGAGGGGACGUAUAUAGCCAGACGAGUGCCAGUGGAAGAGGAUAUGGUGGGGACAGGCGCAGAUUGUGUGUCCAGAAAGGAUGAUGGUCUGGUGGACAGUGGGCUGGAGGAUGCUCUAGGAACUGUAGUUUCCUCUCUAGAUGAUUAUAGAGGACAAUUUCCUGAGUUACAGCUACUGGAACAAGAGCUGAAGCUGCUGCAGGUUACACUGAAGGGUGGCAGGCAUAGUCGUUCACCCAGCGUGGCCAGCCUCACAGUGGAAACAGCUCUGGGCAGCUUUGACUUCCUCAACACAUCCGAAUGGGAGGAGGAGGAGGACGAAGAGGAGAAGGGUGACAAGAGGAGUCGAAAUAUCAGGUCUCUGCAGGACAGAGGCUGGGACAGCCCCGCCCUCCCCACCUCCCCCCUCACCACAGGUUGCACCGCACUAGACUGCUGCCUAGUGGUCCAUCUGAAGAACUGCAGUGCACAACUGUUGCGUCUGGGCAUGUUUGGUCCUCUGCGGUGUGGAGAGAUGUAUGCCUUAGACAGACUACUGAGAGAGGCUCGUGUCCUUGAAAUCAUCCGACGCAUCACCAAGGACAACCCACAAUGCCUCAAACAACCUGCUGAAGUGAUCCCACAGCUGGGUCAGUGUGUGGGUGCUGUGUCACUAUGGCAACAGUGUGCUGGGCAGGGCAGUGUAUACAGUGCCUCUGCUGAGAGUUUCCUGGCCGCACUCUCUGCAGUCUACUCCAGCAAACUGCCUGAGAGGGCGGACACAGUGUUCUUGUCUCUGGUUGAGCGUGUCCUGGACCAGAGGUUGCCAAGGCGAGGCAGCAGCAGAGACGGAGUGACGGUGACAUUGUUCCAGCUGUGGGGUUACCUUGAGUCCAAUGGCGUUAGUGACAUGGAAACACACAUCACUGAGCUGGCAGAAGAGGUGUGGUUGGUGCAGAGUCUGGCGUCAUUUGACCAGGAUGUGAUCGUCCAAGCUCUGCGCCGUCCUGCAGAGUGCAGCCUGAAGAGAGAAGGACUUCACGCUGUGGCCAAACUACUGAAGGACCCACGGGGCAAAGUGUCAGCCUCUGCAAGCUCUGUACUCAGAAGCCUGGUUGCUCAGCCCAAACAGAGAGAGCAGGCUUUGGUCAGCUGUCUGGAGCUGCUGGAAGAUGAGAAUGUGGACACUAGAGUCUGUGGAUGCAAGGCCUUAGCUUGUCUCAAGGCCAAAGAAAGCAUCGAUCAGUUAGUGUAUCUUUGUCGGACAGACAAGGAGGAAGUCCGAGAGGCUGCCAAACAAACACUGCUUGUGCUGGGAGAGGAAGGGAAGAUGGCCCACAGACAUGUGGAGACGUCUCAGGACAGCCUACCAAGACUCUUUGCUCCUGGAAGCAUGGCCAGCACAGCUUUCUAACACUGCACACACAGACACAUCUACGCUGGGUGGGAACAAAACACAGUUUGACAACCCUAUUACUACAACUAAAAUGUGUAAAGACACAUAUAAUAUAUAAUAUACAGCAUAUACACUGUCAGAGAGGUUGCAAAAAACUCACAAGGACAACAACUCUACUUAACACUGGGCGAAUAUUUAAAAUUAGAACACAGAAGUUUAAUAAAUGUGUGUUAACUACUGUGAGCAAAUCAAUGGGUUGUAAAGAUGUUCAGAAAACUGUACCAUGUUCCAACACACAAAUACAUCACUCUGAAGUAAGGCAAGUCUAGAAAGCUAUUUAAAGCAUUGUUAAAUAAUUUACAUUUCCAUAGCCUACCAGGGGUGACAAAUGUACAAAGUAUAGUUUCUUGUAUUUUUGAUAUUAAGGUAUAUUUCAUUUGAUUCUCUUGUGAACUGUAGUUUUGACUGGCUAUGUGAUGAACCAGAAGGCUUACAUAGAGUAAAUAUUCUAUUUCCCCCCAGAUUUGCUAGCCCUUCCAUUACAUAAAACUACUUUUCUUGAUAGAUUCUGCUGUCUCUAGUUUAGACGCAAAGGCUGUGUAAACAGUCCUGCUCCAAAUGGACAGCCUGUUCUGUGAGGUGACCUGCCUAAAAACUGAGCAUUAAUAACAGUUACUGGCCUUACUCUUGCAGUUCUGCUUCCACUACCACUAUAGGCUCUACUUCAGCUUGUUGAUUUAAUGUUUUACCACUUAACUGUGGUUACCUGUAUGCAGUACUUGCACCUAGGCUGUAGUUAAGACCACUUCAGACAGUUUUGAGACAGCCAAGUCCAUUGAUAGCAUAUCAAGACCACACCUCAACAACAAAAAACAAAACAGUGGCCAUUCUGUACUUUUUAUAUAGUUGUUUGUAAAUCUGCCUUAAUCUCUCAUUCACUUGCUAAUCAUAAUUUGUAAUAACCACUGUUAGAAACAAAUCAAUAUUAGAAGAAAAUAUUCUUGCAAAAUGUUCCUAUUUAAUUCUGAAAGUGUGAUGUCUGGCAACACUUGUAUGCACUUACAUGUUUAAAAUGAGGAUGCAUGGUUGUUGCAUGGAAAAGACAUAUUUUGGAAAAUGAGCACUUGUCAAUAGCCAUUUAAAAUGCAGUGUCCCUAUGAAGAGAUGACAGUUGGCUGACUCUCUGUUGGCCUGCUGUGAGGCAAGAAUAGUUAAAAGUAUGGGUCCAAACGCCCGACUUUGAGAGAUAACUGAAAACACAUUUGAAGACCAAAGAUUGACAGCAGACUCAACACUACAGCUUUGACUUGCACCACUACAGAGCACUGAAGAGUGGACUGACUAAGACAUGUAGAAGAAGUCAUCAUGUCCUUUAUUAUACUGGUUAAGGUAACUGGAAAAUGUUGGAUCUGUCAGUGGAGCUGGAGUCAAAUAGUUUUUUAAAGGAGCUUGUAACAGGUGAGCAGGUCGGGCUUCACUGUGUUGCUCAGCAUGAUGUAUCGUGGCCGGUAAAGAAAGGGAACCCUGGAUACUGUAGAGCCAGCAGUUCAAAAUGCUGCAGUCACCAGCCAACAGAAUAUUUCAACUGACAGACCUGCACAGAUAAUGAAAAAAAAAAAAACAUGAUCUGUUCACCAGAUCUGCAACACCCCAGCUUCUUGCUAAUUGACUAUGACAUGUCUUCUAAAUCAAAAGACAAAAGUGUGUUGCAGGCCUGAUAAUGUUGUCAAUGUUUGGGCAACCAUAAAAAAAACAAAGGAACUAUAGAACACACUAGUUUGAGACUGUUGAUAACUUGAGUUGUUUCUGUAUAGAGAGUGGUUUAAGCAAUUCAGUGCCAUUAAUCUUUAUAGUUCUAAUCUGUUUCUUAUUUUUAUGGAAGUAUAUAUAACUAUAUUGAAUUUUCUGUCAUUUUAAACAGUAUUAAUUGAGCAGAGUCUUAAUUUGCCACUCAUUUUGUUUAAUGUAUCAUCUGCUGUAAAGGGGUUCGGUUUUGUGUGGAGUCACUGAAUAUUUGCAUUACUGUGACAGAUUGCUGUGGAGGAUUGUCUCAGUUAUAGAUGAUUGAGUAGAGAUGAACUAGUCCAUCCAGGUCUGACAUCACUUCACUUCAAAUUCAUAUUAACAUUUAAACCACCAAGUUGCACAUUGGAACCGCAAUAUCUGACUUUGAAAAAGAAGUUUCAUUUGUCUCUGUUGUCUGACUGUUGACAUCCCUAAAUGUUUGACCCAAAAUACGUGUGUUAGAACUUGGGCGGAUUUCAAGUAAACAUGCCCAGACAUGAGAUCAAAAAUUAUUGAAGCACCAUACAUAUUUUUGUCAUUUACUACCAUAUCUUUAAAACAUAUUCUCAAUAAGGCUGCUGUCUAUUUUCCAAAGUAAGCACAUUGCAUUUAGCAAAGAAAAACAUUGAGCUUGUUUUGUACUUGUUGACCUUAUAACUGCAAAUUCUUUUUUUUUCUUGUUUUUUUUUUUGACUAAGCAACUUAGAAUUACAAGAUGAGUAUCAUUCACUGACAAGUUAGUAAGUCAUAAUUACAAGAUCUGCAAAUAUGAUGUGGCAACUUCAUAUUCCAUGGUAGUUUCCCAGUAAUUGUAAAAUAGGAUUUCUUACUUUCAUACCUGAUCCUACUUUCAUUUACAACAUCUACAACAAUAAUGUAACAGAAUGUACACACAAAACAGAUACUGAGUGCGCAGAUUACCAAACACAAUCAAAUUUCACCAUUAUGUAAGUUGUAAUUCAUGCUCUGUACUUUCAAAAAUGUGCAAUAUCAAGUUAUAACAUUUUUUUUUUCAUCAAAGGCAAUAUUUCUAAACAAGUGAAUAGAUUCACACAACAUGUUGAAAAAUCCUGCAAUGUUAACUUCAUAAUCCAGUGAUUUAUCAACAGACCUUGCCUGUGAAAAUGCCAAAGUGUCCAGUGUUAGUACAGCGUUCGGGUUCUGAUCUCCUACUGUAUACUAAUACUGUGAUGAAGACCAGACGUAUCAGUGUUGACAGUGCUCUGCUCUGGCUGUAAAAUUCAAAUAAAAGAAGAAGAAAUUUGUACUUACAGGAAGCAGUAUGUAAUGGACAGCUACUGUAUUUGCUCGGCUCUAGUGAUGGCAGAUUUUGUGACUCGGCAAAUGUUAGCAUGCAAACACAUUAAACGUAGUUGGCAAACAUUAUGCCUACUGAACAUCAGCAUGUUAGCACUGUAAUUGUGAAGAUUUUUGCAAACUGUUGGUAGCAUUGAGCUCCAAACACUGCAGUGCCUUUGUACAGCCUCAAAGAGCCACCAGCCUGCUGACAGUCUCUACAGUCCUGUUGUUUUCUAUUGUGUGAGCUUUCAUACUGCUGUUUGCAAUCCCAGGUUCAUUAGCGUCAUACAACACACAGCAACUGUAGGCUGACUGUUGACAAGUUUUAACCGUACCUCACUUUACAAUUUUUCCCCGAUGUGUGAACAUGCCACAUACUGAAAACUGUAGUUAGAAUUAGUGUUGAGUAUGCAAAUGGGAAACACGUUUUGUCUUCAAGCCGGGGGGGGAUCAGGUUCCUAAAGCAUAAUAUGCCGACCCUGUUUACAUCCCUUAAAAUUACUUGGAUGCUCAUAGCAUCAUACAAGUGUACUGAGAAGCUGCUUCUUAGACCGCUCCGACAAACAAAUCAGGAGUAGCUGCGCUUGCAAGUAUCUGACCAUCUUUGUAGAGGUUCAAACCAUGGCUCAAAACAUUUAUUUGAACUUUGAAGAAAAAGCUAUGUUUAAGAUUGAAUGUCAGAAAUAGGAAUUAAAUCAUCAGAACUUGGACAAACAUAAUCUGAAAGUAAGUUCAGAAAGUUGAAGAAUUCUGACCUUUUUCCUUAAUGAACUCUGAGCUUAAUCUCAGAUUUUAGUACUCAGGGAUUCAUCUCAGAAGUAUUUUUUCACAUAGCCCUAAUUCUCUUUUAUUCAUCAUAGAUACAUUUUUUUAUUGAAGUCAAUAAUGAAUCAUGCAUGUACUAUUGUGUGCUGAAAAGAACUCACAUUCGUAUAUUAUUUCAGCUGCUAGAGGUGAGGAGAGAUGUGAAAAUUUGACAGUUGUAUAGUGUGUUUAGUUUGGAUGUUUUGCUAUAUACUAUAGUAGAAAAAGAAACAGCAUUGCAAUGUUGCUAGAAUCAUAAUGUAGGACUGGUGUUAUGUGGGGACAUACUGUUUUUGUAUAUGGAGGCUACCACUGUAUUUAUUGUAUUUACCACUGUUAAAAUUCUAUAAGACAAGACAAAUUUGCAGCUAUGCCUCUGCAUUCAUACAACAUCUCACAGUUUUUAAGUGCCUCAAGGUCUGAUAACAACAAAGAUGCAAUACGACUUAGAUGAGAUACUUUAUUUAAGAAUGAAGAACAGUGAAACAGUGAAAAAUCACUGCAACGCAUUAUAUAUAUUUUUCCACAAGCUUGAUAAUUGUGCUUGGAAACAAAUUGUAUGUUUUUUUCUUUUGUUUGUUUUUUUUCUUUUCUAAAAUGUAUUUUCAGGCAUUCUUGUGUCAAAUAUAUGCAAGCUAUUAAAAUAUGUUAAAAAUGU